AUGCGGUCGUUGUUGUUGCUUAUUCUACUUCAGAGCAUAGGAUUAAGCCAAGCAAAUAGAUGGAGUGAUGUGUUCUCCUCGUUCGUGUCAAGACCUGAACAUGAAUCAUUGCCGAACUACUACGGUGACAUCCCUGCUGUCUCUAUCCAUAAUCGAGUGAAGCGUGCCAUUUAUGCAACUCUCGGAUUCACAUCUGAAUGCGAAGCUGGAUGGACAGGGCAGUACUGCGAAAACCCAAUAUGCACACAGCCUGGCAAACUACCAACGAGCACUUUUAAUUAUCAAUUCAUUGACCUACUCAACUUACCAUCCGGAUGCACUGGAAAGUAUUAUGUUCCCAUUGAUAGCAACUCUCCAGUGAUUACCGUUGAAGUGAAUGCAGCCGGGAAAGCAAUAGUAAAUCUGACAGAUUCAAGUGGAAAAGUAUGGCCAAAUGAGGGUAUUGUAAGUGAAGGACACACGCUCACUCGAUACAUCAACAUCCCUCCAGGACCAUAUCAACUUACCAUUGAUAACGGUGGCGUACCUACUAGUAACUGCUUGGUUGAGAUUACUUCCUAUACUGGAGUGUCCAUAGUGCAAGCUUUCUCGCAAUCACCACAAAGCGAUACGGCCCCGUACUCUGAGUCAUCCAUCGAAGGCCUACCGAUGUAUUUCAUUUCGCAUAUCAACAAUUUGACAUCGCCUGGAGAUGUGCGUUCGGUGACAAUUCGUACGCAGAAUUCGAUCCAACCUGUCUAUAGAUCACUAUUGACAAAGCGUUUCGGAUGCGUCUUUGAGUACUACGCUGGCCAGUUCAUUUGUAGCCGAACGAAUAGAUAUGUUUACCAUGUUGAUGGCGUUGAUUCCCUUGGUUACGCUUACAGAAGAACAGGAACGUUUUCAUGUCUGCAACAAAUCACAACUACUGUUGCUCCAACUACACCGAAAACUGAGGUAUUCUGCGAGAAUGGUGGUACUCCUCUUCACCAAGGCACCGUCAACGCUGCAUGCUUCUGUCCAGAAUUGUUCACAGGAAAAUUCUGUAACCAGGUGAAUUGCAUGAACGGUGGUACACCACUUCCAGGAAAUCUCCAAUGCCAGUGUCCACCUGGAUUUGAAGGCAUAAACUGCGAGUCUGUUUCUUGCACGGUUAAUUGGGGACCCAUGAUGACUGACUACAAAACUCUUGUGGUCGUGCUCAGAACAACAACAUCAAUGUCUAAGUAUACGUGGCAAGUCCUGAAUGCAAUCACUGCCGAGGUGAAGUUCAACGACGGAAAGUACGAUGUCUACAACAACUAUAUUUUGGUGCAGUUCGCCAACGGAAAAUACGACACGAACUUCUACACCAGGGACUUCUUCCAGAAAUUCCUUGAUGACAUUAUGGCAGCCACAUCCUCCCCGAUUGUAGGAGGAUGUGAGGAGGUCACUUUCAGCGCAAUAUCGAGCGCUUUUGCUCAGCCAAUCAAUCCUAAAUCUGCUAUCUACGUCUUCACUGAUGCGAUAGCUUCGGAUGCUGAUCAAUGGAGAACAGUGUCAGAAUCAAAUACUAGACGAAAGUUACCUAUAUAUACCAUGAUCCUUCCGAAUGAUAACUGCACCGUGAACCAGUACUCGGAUGGUUACAGAGCACUGCGACGAGCUUCUGAGUUUAGUGGUGGUCUUACUCAGCUCCCGACUAUAUACUCCCUCCAGCAGAUAUUCCAAUACACAAUGAAAGCAACGUCUUACAAGAUGAACCCUGUUUUGACUGAUGAUAUGGAUAAAUGUGACACUAAAGGCUCCCGAAUAUUCUUCGUCGACUCCUCUGCUGAUUCCAUAAUAAUCUUUGCUGUUGGACAAAAUCUCAUUCUUUCUGUCACUGACCCCAAUUGGGACAGAUCGGCAGCUAUGCUUAUCUAUAGUUCUGGGACAUCAUACUUUUGGGAGGUGACCAAUGUGAUUCCUGGAGAGUAUUUGUUGUCGUUGACCUCUCAAAACCCUCAAACGUCGUGUUCUUACCGUGUCAUGUCACGCUCGGAAUACGAUCUUUUCCUGGGCACCGCUAACGUAAUUGAUGAGGAUGCAAGCGAUAGUGAACCGGUCGUUGGAAAAGCCAAGCAUAUCGUUGCUCAACUCAAUGGAUUGGUUAACGCAGUCCAGGAUCGUUUCCGUCUUUUCGCUGAAAUCACGAUCACUACCAAUAUCAACAAUGAGAAUCAAGCUCGCAAGCCAAUGUAUUAUUCGAAUGGAAAAUAUCGUGAUGACUGCGGAUAUCAUCUCUAUUUUGGGGUAGCCAACUUCUGCCAAUUCCCUGACCAGCAAUUCUACGCUACGGUAUACGCAGAUGAUAACAAUGGCUAUACCAUUCAACGAACAACUACCGGAUAUUGUUCAGCGACCGAAACCACACCCGCACCACCUUCGAUCUGUCAAAAUGGAGGCGUUCCAGAUCCGACGAACAACAGUUCAUGCAUAUGCCCUCCUAGCUACUCUGGAGCACAUUGUGAGAGUGCCAUCUGCCAAAAUGGUGGAACAAGUCUCGGACCGUUAUGCGAAUGUGUGCCUGGAACAGGCGGAUUUUUCUGCGAACUGAUGGCUUGUACGAACACGAACACCAGGCCACAUGUAUCGUUUGAUGGGAAAUCCAUGUCUUUUGUUUUGUCGGCUCGACCAACUAUGCAACAAGCAGUUUCAUCCAUUGCUAACAGAAUUAUCGACUUUGUUCGAGAUGUGCAAGAUUCCUCUUCUCAAUGGAUUAGUACAUGGAAUCUUAUUGUUGUCAAUAACGUGGAUCCUUCAUUGGUUUACACCGGAUCAAAUCCGAAUGAUUUUGUGAGCAGUGUCCAGAAUGUUGCACAAAACCUUAACAAUUGGAUUACUCCGAAUCCUACUAACUGUUCUGUGGCUAUCGAGGCGGGACUGUUGUUGGCAACCUACUAUUCUGAGCCACGAUCGUCCGUGUACCUCUUUGCAGAUUCUGACGGAGGCGAUGAUGAGACCUACGUGACUCUGUUCUCGCAUGCUACUGAGUACCAAAUCUCGCUGAAUCUGAUCGGUGUGGGGAACUCAAUAUGUACAACUCCGGAUAACAAUGGCCAGUUCCCUAUGUACCUGCAGAGCCUCUCGGCAAUGACAUCCGGAUUUGUGUACAUGACCACGCAGGUCUCCCAGAUGCUACCAUUUAUCGUCUCCACAUACAAGUCUGGCAUAGCCUCACGAGUUUAUUAUGAUGACUGUACAAACGUCACUUACUAUGUACCCAUCGAUGCAUCCACCGAAUCUUUCACUAUUGCUGUCAGCGCCCAGAACCUUUCAAGUGUUACUGUAACUCUACCUGAUGGCACCCCAGGAUUGCAUAACCUACUUUCCGUGCCAAUGAUUGAUGAUGCAGAAUUGAACAUCCAGCAAUUUAUUCAGGCAUGCGACGGUUACCAGUGGAAUUACCAGGAACAAUAUUGCUACAGAUUCCCUGCUGAUAAGUUUACAUGGUUGAAAGCAAAUCAAUUCUGUCACAGCAUUGGAGGAUACAUGGCUGACGUCCACAGUCAAGAAAAGGAUGAUUACAUCAAAAAACAAACUUCUGGAGCUUCAGCCUGGAUUGGUCUAAUGAAAAACAACAAUAACUGGGUCUGGGAUGUCCCUGAUGGAAACAGCUACCAAAGCAUUGGAAACUACACCAAUUGGGCACCUGGUGUCGAUCCUAAUAAUACGCCAUAUUCUUGCGUGAUCUCGGAUCAAAACGGACAGUGGGUUCCAACAGAUUGCAAUCAGCAGAACUAUGCUGUUUGCCAGAAAUACCGGUACGGGCAAGGAUUGACUCCUGGGAACAGUACAAAUAUGGUGCCAGCUGGUCUCUGGAAGAUUCAGCUUCAAACCACUAAAGGAUCCUGCAAAGCUCACGUGCGAGCACAAUCUGAUAUUCAGGUAUUCUUCGGCUUCACAGCUCAAGCAAAUGGAGACUUCCCGGAGCUGUAUGCUAACUCAUUGUCUCAAAACAACUACCUAGUUGCUGAUACUGUUGGUCUAUCACCCUUCCAUUAUGAUGUACUCCCAUCCUUAGAAGGUCGGCUCAAUUAUGCGAUACUUGGAUAUGAUUACAAUAUGACUACACCGCUCACGAUGAUGGACAGAUGGCAGUGCGGUUAUCCACAAGCGUCAAAUCCAUUUUCUUGCCCACAAAAAGGAUCAUUCACGGACUUUUUCAUUAGGUUUUCUGGAAUCGAUCAAUAUGGAUACACUUUCGAACGUUUUGCAAAUGCUCUAUGCACCAAAUCUGGAGUGAACUGUAAGAAUGGAUUCGCUACUAAUGGAAAGUGCGUAUGCUAUCCGGGAUACACGGGAACUAAUUGUGAAACUCCAAUUUGCCAGAAUUACGGUAACGAGCAAGGAGGAUCAUGUAAUUGUUUGGCGUCUUACACAGGGACAUUUUGCGAGCAAGCAGUUUGCGAACCGCCCUAUAAAACGACUUUCACCGAUGUUGGUCGAACAUUCGUUAUAAUGCUUGAAACAUCGUACAAUAUGGGUGCCACAAUAUUCCAAAUGAAGAGAAAUCUCAAAAAAGCAUUUGACAAAAUCAACAACGAUCCUACAACUAAAGGAUGGUUCUCCAAGUUUAUACUUUAUCCAUUCGACUCAGUUUCGAAUCAAAAAUACUGGUACCCACCAGUUAUAUCAUCUAAUUCGGACGAUAUCGUUGCGGCAGUGGCCAACAUCACUACAAUGGCGUGUCCAGGACCAAAUGAUUGUUCACCGUACUGUGCGAGACCAAUUAUGGAGACGCUAAAGACUGUGCUAGCUUUGCCUGACGUUGUCGUGCCCAAUUCAGUCAUUCUGGUUGUCAGUCGUUCCUCACCUGAAGACUAUACUCUGGUUAAUAGCAUGGUUCAGCAAUUGAUAGAUAGCAAAGCUCAGAUCAACUUUAUCCUUCCCGCUGUCGCGUCACCAUGUGGUGAAGGAUGGAACACUCCAGCAUCAAAUGCGAUGUAUACAGCGACAAGUUAUGGCGAUGGAGAUAUAUUUGUUAUGUCCCCAACUGAUUUCACCUCAAACUUCCUCCAACAGUAUAUUCCAUCAUUAUACCGAACAGGCAAUCUUGAAGCCGGCGGUUCAACAAACUGUACUUACCAGGAAUAUUUAUUCCAGGUUGAACACAGUAUGUAUGAGUUUACUAUUGAUUACUAUCAUCCCAUUGUGAAUCCACCAGUUGUUGUCACACUGACGGAUCCAGCAGGUGACACUAUCAAUUUUCCACCUAACCUUAUCUCGAGUGACAGCAACUAUCUUGGAGUCGUGCAGGUGAAUGACACUGGUGCAGUUCGAUCCGGCACUUAUCGUUUAACUAUGUCUGGAGCUGGUGGUCAAUACUGCCAAAUGUACAUUAGAGGCCGUUCGGCCAUAGAGAUCUAUCCGGCUUAUGUCCGCACUUCUGACGACAGCUAUGGCGGUGCUACUAACGAUAAAGCACAUUUUGCCCCAGUGAUGGGCGAAAACAACACGAUAGUAGUACACGCGGACGGAUUGGUUAAUGGCUUGCUCACCUAUGUCCAGGUGGUUGUACCUGGUGUUGGACUUCUGCAUACUUCCACGCUUGUUCGAAGAGAUAGUCGCUGUAGUUACGAGUACUACGCUCCUGUUCCUUUCGUUUGCUCCUAUGAGCAAUUCCUUGUCAUCGUUUACGGCCGAGACCCUCUGGGUGCUACAAUUCGACGUAAUUUCAUCACAAAUUGUGUUUCAAAUCGUCCCGAUCUUCCACCGCCUCCUGCAACUUGUGAUUUGAGCGCGGUACAACAGGACACACUUUUCGUCGUGGACGCUUCAUUGCAGAACUCAAACUCUGAGGCUAAUUUCAAGAAUCUUCGAUCUUUUACCAUCCAAACACAACUUCCAUACAAGUUCUCACCUGGUUAUGCUCAAGUGGCGGCUAUGACGUUGGCUGAUACGGCUCAAGGCGGUUUCUCAUACAACGCUCCAGAACAUAGCUUUGACAAUGUUCAGAUGUUGCUCAGUAAUUUGACGUUCCUAGGUCGUCCCGGACAAAGCGUCACAAGUGCAAUGCAACUUGCAAUAAGCUCAUAUGGAAGCGCUAAUCAAGGAUAUCGGCCUUCCGCUCAACACAUAUUGAUAUACGUUACUAGUACCAACCCGACCGACGAUGAUCCAGGCAGCCUAGUUUUCUCGAUCAGGCGACAAGGCUUGUACCAAAUUGCUGUGAUUACAGUAGGAAUCACUCCUUCAGAAAAACUUCUUUCUAUAGUAGGAAAAAACUGUUUAUACCAAGCAGCGGACAUUGAUGACCUCAUGUCAAAUGGAAUAAAUUUCGUGCAAGGACUAUCAUGCGCGAAUGUUCCUCUAUGUGGAUAUUAG